AUGACCUCGACGCCUGGUUCCAAUCACCAGCACCCUCCCUCGUCCUCCGCUGAGAUCUCCACCACUCAGCCCGCACAUUCCUCCAGCAUCGAUCCAAACUCCCAUUUGUCUGCUGGCUAUGCUCCGAACGAGAAUCAGCUGGCGGGCUUGGUCGAAGCUGCUACCGCGGCCGCUGGUCAAGACGUCUCUGACUGGACCACUGCGGCGGCUGUCGCUGCUGCUGCUGGAAACCAGCACCAUCUAGACGGCUAUGGACCCGAGAUUCAUAUUGACGAGGAUAGCUUCGGGGAUCCGAGCUUCGGAGCGAGCUUGACUGCUAAUAGGCAGCUGAAGGGCUCUGGUGACCACGCCCCGCCGUCUGGACUGUCGAGAACUGUGUCGAAGAAGCGGAAGCGUAACGAAGAUACUCUCGAUCCCGCUCUGGCUGCUGCUAGUUCUGGCAUGGGUCUUGGUGCUGGCCAUUAUCAGCAGCAUAAUCAGCAGCAUAGUCCUCAUCCGCAGCAGUACGAGGGCGAUGGCUUGGACAUUCGUCCUGUGCCUGCUCAGUCGUUGUCUGAUGCUCGUGCUGUUGGUCUGCAUUCUGCCGCUGCGCUCUUCCGUCAACCAUCGAGUAACAAGAAACAUACUCGUCCACCUAUGGCGAAAAUGUUCACAUCGCUUGAGCUCUCGCCGGAGAACUUUUUACAGCUCCAGGCUGCCGCGAAGAACUAUAUGCUUGACGAUGAGCAUCCUGAGAGACGGGAAUGCGUGGGCCAGCGUGGCAAGGGAGACUCUGAAAUGGUCAAACUUCGACUCUGGAACUGCGUUCGUCACUUUCUAGAAGCGGAGGGUCACGGCGAGCGGUUUUUUGGAGAGCAUGCUAUCAAUGAGGGAAUUACUCACCGGGCUCACGUGUGGCCUCGUGAUCAGCAGAAGAUUAUUGCGUUGAUUAUCCCCCUGCUGCGACGCAUGGUGACGAACGAGCGUCAGCGCAAGUAUGCCGUCGAAACGAGAAAGGGUGGCGGUCCCGACGAACGCAGAAGAAGAAAGACGGACGAGAGCCUCCCCAAUGCCAACAGUGCUAGUCCCCCGAGGUACGACGAGCAGUUUCAGAUGCAUGCCCAGCAUCACACCAUCCCCGAAGAGUUUCCACCUGCUCCUCCCAUGCCGAACCCUCAGCCUCAAAUGGGGCAGUCUGAUACGCAGCUCGGUUUGACCGACCUUCUUCUUGAUGGAUAUCCAACGGACUGGGAAGCGGUCGCUAGGUCUUACGACAUGUACAAUCAGGAUUACGAACUUGACAGCCUGUGGGGUCUCUCUGGUCUCCAGCAGCCCGACUGGCGCGGAUUGGUUGCUGCGGUCGAUAGCCACUAUCAGGUUUUCCACCAGGGUGACUUCGACUGCCCCAAGCCUUGUGAAGAUGAGAAUAUCCAUCGUAUUUUGGAAGCUGAUGCCAUGGCUGCUCUUCGCUGGCGUGUUGGUGGGAAUCGCUAUACUCCUGCCAAGAACGAAUUUGCCAGCGGUAUCACUCGUGACAUCUCGCGUAUCAUCCGUGACAACCUCGCUGCCAAACAUGGUGUUCAUGCGCCUGUUUAUGGCCAGCAACCUGCUUCUCACUCGCCCUACUACCAGCAACAUAGCCAUGCCACCAAUGCCACCAACUCCUCCAACUCGGCGUCUCACACUCCUAUGUUGAACGUCAAUGUUCUUCAAAACGGCAAGCGUGUCCUUCCUCGCUUCGACCUCUCCGCAGACCAAUGCCCCGAUUUGGGUACUUUGAAGCAUGUCGUGACCCGUCGCUUCGGCGACCAGUUGCCCGCUCAUCUCUCCGAGCCCAAGCACGAUGGUGCUAUGCACUCGUCCGUUGGAUGGAAGGUCAAGGUGUUUGUUCCUGAUGGGAUUACCUCUGUACACUCGGAUGGUGAAUGGACUAUUGCGCUUUUGUCUGCCGCCACCGUUGAUUGGAUGGACAGCAACCUGAAGGUGCUUAUCGAGGCUGAAUAA